CUGGUAAUAUUGAUCGCUUGGCUGCGAAGCGUGUUACAUAUAGUUGCAAAACGAUGCAUGAACCGAGAUCCAUGUAUUGUAAAUAAGUUCUUCUACGUCGACGCAAUAGUUGUCGGAAGAAAUGAAAGGUCUGAAGAAAAGAGAAACAAGUUAGGAAAAAGGAAACCAAAAUUAAAUCGACAAAAGAUUUGAAAAAUCUCGAUCAGAAUAACAAAGUCAUAAAGUCAGAAUAAGGAAAAGUCAUAAAACACGUGCGUGAAGAACAAGGAUAGUACUGAGGAUGGAUCAUUUUUUUAUUUCUAUCUGAUAACUUCAUUGAAAUAAGAUCGAAUAGUGAAAAUUUAGUAAAAAUGACUACGCUCGUACCACCGGACGGGGGCUAUGGUUGGGUAAUCGUCAUGGCCUACGCACUUAACAGCGUUGCCAUGAUACCUAUCAUACAAGGUUCGGGUCUAGUAUUUAAAGAUUUGUUUCCAUUGUUAAACAUCAAUGCUACACAAAGCAGCACUAUCAUUAGCACCAACAUGGCAUUUGGCAUGAUAUUAGGUUUAAUCAAUGGUCCACUUUUACGAAAUUUUGGAUAUAGAAAAGUGGCCAUAGUUGGUUCUCUGUUAUAUUCCAUCGGUAUAAUACUAACAACGUUCUCAACAACCUUUACUCUCAUCAUGAUCACUUACGGUUUAAUAGCAUCUGUCGGACUGACACUUUCAGGAUCGGCUUUUUCUCUCGCACUCAACACCUACUUCACAACGAAGAGAGGACGUGCAACCGGCUGGGCCAUCACUAUUAUGGGACUAGGUUCGAUCUUUAUGCCACCCGUGACAACUUUUUUGCUCAAUUAUUACGGGUCCCAGGGCACGCUAUUGAUAUUUGGUUCCUACUCUCUACAUGCGAUAAUAGGCGCCUUGAUGUUACACCCUAUAAAAUGGCACAUGAAAAAGCAAUCAGACGUUGAAGAUCAGGAUAAGCAGAUGAUUAUCGAGAACAUAGAAAAAGAACAGUCUAUUGUGAUGUUAGAUACGCCAAAGGAAGUUUCGGAAGACGAAGAUAUUUUUCAUGACGCGCCGCUAAUGGAAGAACAACAGAAACAUAGAAGACUAACUGUAUCAAGUAUUAAUCAUGAUGUCGAAGGUGUUAGCAUCUAUGGUUUCGAAACUCCAUUAUCACUGCAACUUUCAGAGACGGCGAGAACCAUUUCGCAAGAGAUGAGUCUCGAUGGUUGGGCAUGGAUUAAUAAUUACGAAUCAAGUAAUCAAACACGUUCCAAGCAAGAUUAUCGCUGGUGGAAUUCAGCUAAAAGCAUAAACACUAUCAAUCUCGACAGUAGUCUAAAAAUUUUCGAUGAGGAGCCAGCUUACCAACCUCUACGAAAGAAUUUUAGUUUCAGUAGCACAAAUAAAAUAUCGAAAGCAAAAAGUUGUCAAAGUAUGCCGGGAGAUAAUCACAUUCUACGAAACAAUAACGAGAUAAUGAUAAAUGAUUCAAAUGUGGAGAAUCAAAACGAUGAUAUCUGUGAAAAACAAGAAAAGAAAUCGAGAUUCGUGCGAAUUCUACGAUGGGUGGUGGCCUUUUACGAUCUCGAUCUUCUACGAGAUCCUAUAUAUGUCAAUAUAAUGUUAGGCAUGUCAAUUGCCAUUUUCGCGGAAAUUAAUUUUUCUUUAUUGACUCCCUUCAUUCUGGGUGACCGAGGUUUAUUGACAGAUGAAAUUGCAAUUACAAUGAGCGUCAUUGCCUCGGUUGAUCUAAUUUUCCGAAGUGUUGCUCCAUAUCUUGGAGAAUGGCUUCAUCUAACACCGAGACCAAUGUAUACUAUCAGUUUGAUCUUUCUUAUUAUUAGCAGAACAGGUUUAAUAUUUACCCAUUCAUUUAAACAAGUGAUAGUUGUUGCUGUAGGUUUAGGAAUUGCCAAAGGGAUUAGAUCAGUUUAUAUGUCAUUGAUCAUACCAAGCUAUGUACCGAUUAGCCGACUACCAUAUGCUUCUGCGAUACAGAUGAUGGUAAAUGGAUUCAUCAUGAUAAGUGCUGGACCAUGUUUAGGUGUAAUUAGAGACGCAAUAGGAAGUUACACGCCCUGCAUCGUCAUAAUUAAUAGUAUGACGGCCUUGACCGUCACUCUAUGGCUGACGGAGCUGAUCGUCUUGCGAAGAACAAAACUGCGAUUGAAACAAAAGCAACAGGAUCUCAUUGAGCAAAAUACUUAGAAAUUUAAUCCAAUCGUUUCUAAUGUACAUUUGAUCAUAUUCAUUGUAAAUAAAUUAAUGUAAAUUUUAA